AUGGAGGCCGCCAGGCACGGUGAGGCUCUCUCAGGCUCCGGAACUCUGCAGGAUGGCGAAUGGGGAAGAGGCGGCGCGGAGACUCUGGCGCUUAAACCAUCCUCGGCAACUGACAGGCAGAUCACCCACGAGUCGCCAGUUCACUUCUCUGUCUUUUUGUCUCGGCCUUUUCGUCCCACCUGCGAGCGAACGGGAGGAAAAACCACCUGUCCACCCAGCGCGUCGCCGACGCCGAGGGAGACAGGCUUGAGUGGCCAAAGUCGAAGGGAAGGCGAUACAUCGAGCAGAACGGCCGUGGACGAAGGCAGACAUGUUUCUUGCACUCGUACCUCGCCUUUGAAUCUGUCGCCUGCAUGCGCCUCCAUGGGCAUUCCCUCUGCGUCAUCCUACGGCGUUCCAGAUAAGCGCAUCGGCCGGGAGGCGUCGAGAGCCGAAGUGUCUCCGGGGAACGGGCCCGCGCAAAGACAGCAAGGGCCAGGACUGUCUCCGCGCGCUUUUGCCGCCGUCUCGGCGCUCAACGCGUCAGCAGACGCGGCCGGGUCUCGCCCGCGUUCCGCCGCCUCGCACGGGGCGCCUUCCAAACAGGCGCGCCCUGUCUCUGCACCGGCGCCUUGGGCUCCAGUCGGCUCUGCGGCGUGGGACUCUCCGGGGAAAGUGCGCUUCCGAGUACCGAAGGCGGGGUCGCAGAAGAGGCAAGGAUUUGCGCAGUCUUGGCGCCUAACGAACCAUGGAACCGAGACGCAAAAGUCGCCUCCCUGCUCGCCUCUCGACAUGGGUUCUCAGGGAAGAAGACCGAGCAGCGGCCUGCGUGGAGAAAGUCACCUUCCUGAAGCGCAGCAAAGGGAGCUUCACGCCGACCUGCGACGGCUCCUUGUGGGGAAGGCACGGGAAGACUUGGAAGGCCCUCAGCACUGCGGACGCCUUAAGCCCCUGGAGGAGGCGUUGCUGCUUCACAAACUCGCGUUGUCUCGGAGCCUCGCGUUUCUGAAUCAACUGAAAGAGAAACUGCGCCGGCAGACAGAGGACGCAGACCCUGUGGGGGCUUUCUUCGCUCCCCUGCGUCGCGUCCGCGAACACAAAAAUCGCGCCUCUGCUCCCCCGUCGCCUGCAACCUUUCCCGCACCGCCCUUUGCAGUUUGCAGCGGGGAGACGGGGCUCUCGCCUCCCGUUUUGUGGUUGAAACAUUCGCUUUUCCGUCUCUGCGGAGACACCGGGGGGCUGUCGAGACGCUUGGAAACGGUGGCUGUGAAGCGGUCGGUUUCGCUCGAGCAGAGCGAGGAACACCCUGACAAGAAGGGGAGGAAGCGCGACGAUGCGGAGCAUCUGAAAAAGACAGGGGAAGGCGAGCACGCGACAAAGGCAGACAUGGAGAGGAGCCUCCGGCAAACCCAGGCAGAAAUCGCAUCGCGCCUGAAGGAAAACCACCCCCACGACCCCGACAUCGACACCGUCCUCCUGAACUUCCAGGAACUGAGGCCGGACGCCGUGGCGGAAGACUUUUUGCGAGACGUCCGCCUGGCUCUCCGGCACCUUCUCUCCACAUCGCGACGAGAAGACGUCUGGGCCGUCGUCGCCUUGGAGACUCUCGUGAAAGGCCUUGUCCUAACGCUGGAUCGGGAGAUUGUAGCUCACCAGAACUACAUGAGUCAACUGGAGCACCUCGUUGUCUCGCACCGAAGUCGAGAAGCCGAGCUGCUGUCUGUACAGAUGAGAAACCAGGAGCUCCAGUGUCUCGUCGAUUCUGUCAAGCGCCUGAAGCAGGAAGAAGACGCAAAACACGAACAGGAAAAACAUGCUCUUCGACACCAAAUUCAAAAGUUGGUCACCGAAAUCGACCGCCUCACUCCGAACGAGGAAGUCGUGGAGAAAACGAGGGACUUGAUGACGGAAGUCGAGAACGCUCUGGAAACGCACAGCUCGGAGUGCAUGCACCAACAAGGGCUCUUGGAAGGCCUGACGAAAACGCUGUCCUCACUGGUCGUCGGAAAAGGCGAAACUGUUUCGUCUCUGCGAGACAAGAAGGCAGGCCGCGUCGUCGAGCUCGCGAAUGGGGAACUCGAAUUUCGGACAUGUGAUGUGCAAGAAGCAUCUGCAUCGGUCCGAGAGGAAGACCUCGGAUAUCCCGAUCCCUCGACACCCGUCAAACUUCGGUGGAAGUACUUGCGGCGCCUCCUGUUAAAGUACCGCGCAGUAGAUCAAGCUCCGCUGGGACUACCCGACCUUCUGGUCCACAUUGAGAGGAUCUACGAUUUCAAAACUGCUCAAGAUCUCGCCGCCUCUCCCGCCUCUUCAGCGGCGCAUGCGUCUCCAGUCGCUGGCGCACGCGAAAGCAAAGGCUGCCCAUAUCCUCGCCCUCGGCUCUCGUUGGUAGACGCCUGGGUUGAGUUCGAAACCGAGGAAUUCGGUUUGGUUUCCCAGGCCGAAAAGAAAAUCGUCCGUCUCCUUUCUGCAAUCAACAAACUGAUACACCAAGCCGGCGGCGCCACAGACAGCCUGCCGACAGAAAUCCAAUUGUUUGCCCGAUUUUUAGGUUUUUGCGAGCUGUCGUCUUACUAUCCGCUUCCCGUUCUCAGCGUCUUUCUGUUUGUUCGUCAGCAGUGCAGUCGUUGGAGGAAAGAGAAACUUAAUUCCGUUUCCCUUCUUCUUCGCUCUCGCCAGCAGAGAAGAGAAAGAAGCAAGCAAGUGGAACGUCAGCAGCACAAACUCCUGCAGGAAGUGAUGAAAGAGAAACGCCUCGAGAUUGCCCGCGGAAAGCCGCCGCUGGCGGACAGCAGAGUUCCUCCAGGUGUCUCUUCUCCCAUGAAAGAAGAAAUCGACAACCUCUUUGGACAAUCGCUUCUCUCACGGUCUAAGCCGAUAGACAGGCCUUCCUCUCAACCGUCCUUUCUUUCUCCCCCUACUGCCUCUCUACAGAAAACGUCUUCCUUUUCUUCCUCAUCAUCUGCUUCUUCAUCGUCUUCUUCCUCUUCAUUCUCUUCUUCGUCUUUGUCUCCGUUUCCUCUUGAUCGUUCUUCUGGAGUGGAAGCGGCCGCUGGGAAGUCUGUGGCGGGGCUGGAUGCUGGGCACCAAGAAGAGAGAGAGGACGGCGAGGAAGAAGAUCUGAUUCCGCCGCCGCACCUCGUCUCCGCCUCUGUGGGUUUUGCCGCUGCAGUCGAGGGCCUUCGGGGCCUUCCUACACCCCGGUGGGACUGUCUGCUCGAAGCCUUGGGGACUCAGAUCGUCUUCUGGUCGCCUCGGUCUUCCGCUUGCCCGGAGCCUGCCGGGGAGCAACGCGAGAGACCCGAAGCGCAUGAAACGGCAGGCGAGGCAGGCGACGAGAACGCAGCGCGCCGGCUCGAGGGCCGACGAGGCUUUCAGGCCGAGCGAGAAGCGAGCGCGUCGCGCGAGAGGAAGGAGAAGUUGCUUCGCGUUUUCCUCAGAGAAAAGUUCGUCGUGGAGUUCCCGGGGGCUCUGGAGCAAAAGCGGAAAGAGGCGAAACUGCGGAGGAAGCAGAGUGCGCCCGAGGAGGCGCAAGUCGCCCUUGAGCUGUCGCAUGCCGAAGUGGAGAUGGUGCUUGCUCGAUCCGGCUUACUCCUGUCGAAGGAGGUUUGGAGAAGCCUGCUAGAUCCAGUUUCGGAGGGAAGUGUGACGUUUGGCGACUGCAUUCUCGCCCCCGCGAACAAAGGCGGGGAUUCGGCCAAGCUGCGCGGCCUGCUCGAUGACGCUUACCUCCCUGUAACGGCGGUGUUGAAGACAGUCGUGGAGACCUACGUGGCACAGUUCCAAGAGAGCAUGGCAACUCCGAUGAGCAGGUUUCGAGCAGCCAUUGCUGCCAAAGGCAGUUCGAUUUUCUCGCGUGCGGAAUUUCGCCAGGUUCUCAAAACGAUCGAUGCCGGUGUGUCGACAGAAGCUUCGAACGCGCUGUUCAACGAGUGCCAGAAGUUGCGCCGCGCAUGCACCGUCGACUCGCAGGCUGCGAGUUUGGUUUCGAGCGACUUCCUGGAUUUCUGCCAAGACGCGAUCCCCGAGCCUGUCUUCUACGCGGGGGCCUUCGCGCAGGGACACUUUUUCGCGCCGUCCCGCGCUGCCACGGCCCUCGCGCCGGUAAACCUCAUGAGCGUCAGAGAGGACAUUCCGGCCCCAGCGAAGAAGCGAAGGCGCGGAGGGAAGAGCGCAGGCUCGGGCCCUCGGCCAGUUACCGCAGGGAAGUCGAGGAGCGCUCUCGCGCGAAGUUGA